GUUGAGGUUGUUUCGACCCUUUCCGGAUCCAGAAAUCCGACAGAAAGAAGAAAUGUCUCUCUCUCCCUCCCUCCCUCUCGUUCUUCCUGCGGACUCGAGGGGUUGACUCGCUUUCCCUCCCUCCAACGGAGGCGUCGUACGAUAGACACGAUGGCUGGCGAUGGGGGAAGAUGGCUGCCGGCGUAUGCCUGUUGGACAAGUCGCACCUGUCGUUCGCCAGAUGGACUGAAGGAGCAGAGUGAGGGGAUGCUUCACAGAGAAACCCCUGCGAAUCUGGUGGCGGUGGUUGGUGAGAUUCGAUUCCAGCGGAUGAGCGAUGCAGCGCUUUCAGUGCUGUCCGUCCCUAGUUUACUGUUUUUCUCUAUUCCAGUCCUCCAUCUACCUGCUGUCACUAUCCCCUCUCUUCCUCUCCCCAUCGUUAUCUCUCUUGUGGCCAACCACCCCUUCUCUUGGCGUCUUCCUCACAAUCAUCGAGAUUCCUCUGAAUACGCCGUCUGAACGGGCGCGACUAAAUCUUCUCGAGGAGGUGCUGUCACCGACCGCUGGCAGCUGUGGCAACGGACAACGCACGGAUUCACAGUUCUCCCACCUCCGUGCUCUCCCACCCACCUUCAUGCUCAAAGUUUUCACCUCCGAAUCCCCUGAACCCGAAGUUGUUCGCACUCGACAUGAUGAAGCUUCUCAUAAUCGAUCACCCGCAGCUCUUCGUCCGAUUACCAGCCGUUGAUUCUGCCCUCCGCCGAUCCUCGUCGCACGUCUGUCGCUUCGGUUUACCAGAGGGUAGAGCACUGUACCAUCUUCCGUUCAUCCCACACUUCAGACAUGUCUACUGUCUACUGGCAAGGCUUGUACCUAGUCCUACUCGCAGGUGUUUUCGCCGGUGGAUAUUUCUUUAUCCGAACCGCAGAUGGUACAGGUGGGUAGAGG